CUUGCCUCAGAAGAAAGGAUAGGAGGAAUCAAUCAUCAAUAUAAGCUUGUCGGAGAAGAAUGCUUUGGGCUGCACGGCCAUCAUUCUUCUCAUCGAAUGGACGAUGAUGAAGAAAACGUGUCAUAUGGCUGACUGUUCCUUUGGCUUCUCUAUGCGGGAUAAAAUAGGAGCCCGUCCUCCGGCUUUCACAACCACCGCCGCCGCCGCCUGAUGAGAGAAUUUUCAGCCUCCGCCUUGGCGGUGAUCGCGACCCUGACGGCUCUCAUCGGCCCCGCCAACGCCACAGGCUCCUCUUCCACCCUAGCCAUAGCCCACGGUUCCGCCACCGUCUGCGGCGUCGUCGCUGGCACCUCGAACUCAUUCAUCCAGUGCGCCACCGCCUCCGCAUCCUCCUCUUCUCCAUUCCUCGUCUCCCCCAACGCCUCAUUCUCCUCCAUAUCUGCCGGUCGGGACUCCAUCUGCGGCCUCAGGGCCGGCGGAACCUCCUUCCUCUGCUGGAACUUGACUGCCUCCUCCAGCACCACCCCCCCUGCGAGGCGUGUCUACGAAGGCUCUGCCGCCCUCGAAGAGCUCUCGGUCGGCGAAGUCCAUAUCGCCGCUCUCGAUCGCAACCGUACCUUCAUUGAGUGGUGGCGAUCCGAUGGCCGAUUCCCCUCCAACAUCUCUGGAUCCUACCAUUCUCUCGCCUCCGGUCGUGAUUUCUCCUGCGCCUUAAUUUCCAACGGCCCCCUGCGCUGCUGGGGGCCGCGCGGGGGUGAAAUCGAGGCGGACUUCGCCGAUUCCACCAUGUCGACCAUCGCCGCCGGAGAUUCUCACAUCUGCGGAAUCGACACCGUAGGCCGCCUUAUUUGCGGAGGCAACAACGACGCAGGGCAGUCGACGCCUCCCUCGAGCCCGGCGUUCGAGUUCGGUGCGCUCGCUCUGGGUGAGAAGCACUCUUGCGCGGUGAGGAAUUCCAACGGCACGGUCAUCUGCUGGGGCGGCGCCGCCGGUGGUGAAUACACACCGGCUAACGCCACCUCCUUCGUGCUAGUUGUUGCCGGAGGUAAUCUAACCUGCGGCCUUGCGACGGCGAACUUUAGCGUGCUCUGUUGGGGCACCUACAGAAGCAGCCUGACGGUGACUUUACCGUUGCCGAGAAUUCUUCCUGGAAUUUGCACUUCCAAUCAAAGCUCUUGCCUUUGCGGUCUCUUCCCGGAUUCCGAGACAUUGUGUUCUGGUUCGAGAGUCAUAUGCAAUCGCUGUGAUGGUAGAAUCCAGCCAUCAACUCCACCCCAUCUUUCGUCACCACCGUCACCUCUGCCGCCGCCGCGUCCGCCCACUUCGUCGAAGAGGACGACGAACAGGAGGUGGCUGGCCUUCGCAAUCGUAGGUUCGAUCGGAGCAUUUUCCGGCAUCUGCUCCAUUCUCUAUUGCAUUUGGUUCGGCGUUUGCCGGCAAAAGAAGGUUCACAACUCAGUUCAGCCCACCAUUGCGGCACCUAGAACCAGUGCAUCCUACGCUCCGCAUUCCUCCGCCAUCGCCGUCAGAACGAGCCCUUCCACCUCCCCUUCUGGAUCACGGUCGCGAACGUUCUGGCGCCAAGGAUCGCGCAUCAUGAGGCGACAAAGGAGCGGCCCCUCCUCGUUCAAGGAACGCCCCGAGGAGUUCAGCUUCUCUGAUCUCGCCGCGGCCACGAAAAACUUCUCCUCGGAGACCAAAAUCGGCGCGGGGAGCUUCGGGACAGUGUACAAAGGGAAACUGCCCGACGGCCGUCAGGUGGCAAUCAAAAGAAGCGAAUCGGGGCCGCGGGCAAAGAAGUUCCAGGAGAAAGAGAGCGCUUUCGAGUCGGAGCUCGCGUUCCUCUCUCGGCUCCAUCACAAACACUUGGUCGGACUGGUAGGCUACUGCGAGGAGAGGGAAGAGAGGCUCUUAGUCUACGAGUACAUGAAGAAUGGCGCUCUGUAUGAUCAUCUGCACCCAAAGAAUGAAGACAGUUCCAGCUCCAGUUCCAGUGUCCUGAACUCAUGGAAGAUGAGAAUGAAAGUGCUGUUGGAUGCAGCGAGAGGGAUCGAGUACCUUCACAAUUACGCCGUGCCUCCCAUCAUUCACCGCGACAUCAAAUCUUCCAACAUAUUGCUCGACGCAAAUUGGCUGGCUCGGGUUUCUGACUUUGGCCUAUCGCUGUUGGGACCAGAGUCCGGCGACGGUCAUUUCUCGAUGAAGGCAGCCGGGACGGUGGGCUACAUGGACCCUGAGUACUACGGAAUGCACCUUUUGACUGUCAAGAGCGAUGUCUACGGUCUAGGAGUGGUGAUGCUCGAGGUGCUCACCGGAAAAAGAGCAAUCUUUAAGGACGAGGAGAGUGGUAAUCCGACGAGCAUUGUCGAUCAUUCAGUGCCAUCCAUUGUGGCAGGAGAGAUCAACAAGGUGCUCGAUCUUAGAGUUGGCCAACCAGGACCGAAUGAGGUUGAGGCCGUAGAGCUCCUGGCCUACACCGCCGUCCACUGUGUCACUCCUGAGGGCAAAAAUCGACCGAGCAUGACUGACAUCGUUGCCAAUCUGGAGAGCGCAGUGUCGCUUCUCCUCGACGGAAGUCGUGGAAGCGCUUCCAGUGCUUGCAUGUCCUGUCCUUCAACAGAUUGAGCUGAUUUUUUUUUUUUUUUUUUCACUUUGUUUGUUUAGUCCGAUUUACAUUGUUUCAAAAAUGAAACAGAGAUCGUAUUUAAUCCUGUCCGAGAGUCGAGUCGACGGACGUUGGGGAGAUGAUGCUUAUAUUGAUUGGAUGUAAAGUGAAGAUGGCGUGGGCCUCCGACGAGCUAAGCCUGCAAUCAUAAGUCAUUAGUGCCGAGCCGGGGAGGGGUUCCCCGGCGAUGACCCUCCGACGCUCAAGUCAGUCACGACGGCAAGCAAAUGAAGUGGAGAAGAGAAAAGAGCAGUAACGUAACUGUAGCUACAGUGGGAGUGAAUAUAUCUCCGUUGAAGUAUGAGAAUCUUUAUAUAGGGCUCUCGAGAGGUGUGUGCACACUUCUCAAGGCGUGCACGCUUCUCAAAGCAUACUGGAAAGGAUGUGUCAGAAAAGCGUGUCUGACGCCAUUCUUCAACAGCCCGAGCAUAUCCCUGACGUGACAGUGGAAGUUUCUACUGUACGAUUCUCUAUCUGACCAUGCUGUCAACCAUGUCGUCUGCCGGCGACAAUAGUCCCUAGGAAGAUAUUCUCAACUGCUCUUUUUAUCCGUUAUUGGGCCUAGCGGGAGAGCCGUUCGGCCAGUCUGUCGUCCGGGUGAUAUCAUGGCCGGGUCGAGCGUCCGCUCGUUCAAUGGUCUGCUGUCCGGCUCCGUCCUGUCGAGCGAGGGAGCCCUGCCUGCUUGGUCGGGGCUGCGUCCACCGUUUAACCGAGCGAGAAGGCCGCUCGGCCCUCGUCCUUCCAUGCUUGAGCUUUUUGAGCGUCGGAAGCCCGGUAUUUGGUUGAGCUGUCGAAGUGUCGGAUCGGCUACUCUUCAUGCCGACCGGGAAGGUGGUUCGUCCGAUCGGACGAAUGCCCAAAACGUUGACCACUUUAACUAUGACCCUCCACGUGAUGAUGACCUUCUAUAAGACGACCCACCCUUAUCACCGGAUCAGUAUUCAUUAAGAUUCAAGAAAGAACAGUAUGGUGAGCAGUAGAAGCACACCUACAAAUGAACAAAUUGCUGUUGAUCUGGUAAGAGAGGACAAAUGGAAUGUUUCCAUUUCUAGUUGCUGUUGGCUCUGCAAGAUUAUUCAGAUACACUAAUUCUUAAUUGUCAUACCAAAACCUUUUCUAGUGUCAUCAGCCCUUCAGAAACAAAAUUAGCGUCAGAAUUGUAUCACCAUGAACAGAGACUAAUCGAUAUCUCGUCUCUCAAGCCAAUUGAAACUGGUAAUGAAUGGGACUGAUGAUGCCAACACUAAGCAGGAAAUGAUCCAGCCUUUGUUGACUUUGGCCAAGGAGGUACUUCAGAUCAACUUGCCUACUCUCAAUAUCUAAAAUGAAAAAAAGAAGACAUAAUCUACUUGUGUUCUUGUCAAGAAUGGGAACUCAAUAUCAUCUUCAGACCACACCAUCAUGUGUCCUUUGUCAAGCAGAUCAAAAUCAUGCCCCACAGGUAGGUGAACCAUCCUUUUCUUUUAGCUUGCAGCUUCUAUAUAGUAAUAUAUGUUA